UCACUGUUCUGGCAGUUUAUGUCUCGCGAGAUCAGCCGAACACGGGCUUGACGAGAUGUGAGGCGCUCAGGUGUAAGAGCCUCCUCUCAUCCCCGGCAGUGGGGAAACAGUAGACAGAUAAGUGCGUCUGAGAGACUGCAGGCAUCUCUGUGAUCUCCGGGCUCAAGGCUGCACUCGGCGCACAACACUGCAUCAUUACCGGAUAGGCGAAGGAAGGAGCUCUGCGCGUCUAUAUGACUAUUUUCCAGCUCUCGUAGCCGCUUUCUCCCCCACUUUUCCCCCUUUUUUCCCCGCGUGCACUUUAAUUGGAGAAACUCGCCAAGAUGAUGUCCAUGAACAGCAAACAGCCGCACUUCGCCAUGCAUCCCUCCUUACCCGAACCGAAGUACACCACCCUGCAUUCCAGCUCGGAAGCUAUCAGGAGAGCCUGUCUACAAACUCCACAGCUGCAGAGUAACAUCUUCGCCAGCCUGGAUGAGACGCUGCUGGCCCGGGCGGAGGCUCUGGCCGCCGUGGACAUCGCCGUGUCCCAGGGCAAGACGCACCCGUUCAAGCCGGACGCCACCUACCACACCAUGAGCACGGUGCCGUGCUCGUCAGGGUCCACGGUCCCGCUGGCCCACCACCACCACCACCACCAUCACCACCACCACCAGAACCAGCUGGAGCAGGACAUCAUGGAGCACAUCGGCUCAUCGCCGGGACUCUCCCUCAUGUCCAGCGCGCACGACGGGACGGGCGGCGGCGGCGGUGGAGGUGGAGGUGGAGGUGGAGGUGGAGGAGGGGGAUUGAUCCACACCUCCACCCCCCACUCCCACCCGCACAUGCACGGCCUCAGCCACCUCUCCCACCAGGCCAUGAGCAUGAACUCGUCCCUCAGCCACCACCACGGGCUCCUACAGGGCCACCACGGUGGGGGGCAGGCCGGCCCGGGGCUGCCCAACCCCGGCCUCUCCUCCAUCACUGACUCGGACACGGACCCCAGGGAGCUGGAGGCUUUUGCGGAGAGAUUCAAGCAGAGGAGGAUCAAACUCGGGGUGACCCAGGCGGACGUGGGCGGCGCCCUGGCCAACCUCAAGAUCCCCGGCGUGGGCUCGCUCAGCCAAAGUACAAUCUGUCGAUUUGAGUCACUAACUCUGUCCCACAACAACAUGAUCGCGCUCAAGCCCAUCCUGCAGGCCUGGCUGGAGGAGGCCGAGGGCGCGCAGAGGGAGAAGAUGAGCAAACCGGACAUUUUCAACGGGGGGGAAAAGAAGCGCAAGAGGACGUCGAUAGCGGCCCCGGAGAAGCGCUCUCUGGAGGCGUACUUCGCCGUGCAGCCGCGGCCCUCCUCCGAGAAAAUUGCGGCUAUCGCGGAAAAGUUGGACCUGAAAAAAAACGUGGUGCGAGUGUGGUUUUGUAACCAAAGACAGAAGCAGAAGAGGUUGAAAUUUUCAGCGGCUCACUGAUGGGCGAAUAAAAAAACAAAUUGUGGGACUGAAUUUGGGGGACCAAGGGACACUAAUAAGACACCGUUUUCAGUCUUUUCUCCAGCGAUUUUACCCGCUGGUGAUGCGCAACUGGACUUUAGAUACCGAUUUUAUGAGGCUUCAUAUAUAUCUUGUUUAUUUUCACGUUAUCGGUGAAUGUGAAGUAUGCAAAUAACAGAUUACACAAAUUUCGCUCAGUUGUUACGAGAGAAAAGUUUAGUGACAUCGACAUUGCCUUUAAAACACGUGGAAAGAGGUAAAUUGCUUGUUACAAUAGAAAGUUAUUUUCUCCUUAUAGGCCUAUUAUUUGAAAUAUAGCCAUCUACCAAUUACCUCAUUAAUUGUUCAGCUGUGGUUUUUGGUUUGAUUUCUGUCGUUGUUGAUAUAGAAUAAUUCAUGAAUCUGUUUAUUUAUCCAUGUGUUAAUUUAUUCUUUUCUGGAGGCUGCUAUGGACUAACAUUUAGUUGCAAACAUUUAUGGCUAAAGAAAAAAAAAUAGUCCUGCAUGAAAUCCUAAUUCACGUGAAGUAAUUAAGCCUCUAGAGUCUGUCAUACAGAUAUAUAUUUAUUUUGAAUUUGCACAAAAGACCCUUUAGGUUUACUGGUCGGCUGUGUUGAAAUGGUUUGUAUAUACAGACGUCAUCACUUGUAAGAGGUGAGCUCCUGUGCUUCGGGAAUAAAAACAAGGGGUCUGUCAAUACUGUUGGCGUCACAGAGAAAAGUUUAAAACAGUUUAGAGUACGAGAGUCUCGUGUGAUUCGUCAAAAGAGAGACAACAAUUUUUAAAAAAGGAGAAAAAAGUAAAAAACACGAAAUUUUCUUUCACGUGUUUCAGUUUGCAGUGCAAACACUCUAUGCAUUGGGGAAAACAUCACUGCGUACAGUAGUGCUGUCUACUGAUAGACCUUAUUUUGUGGAUGGUGUAAGUCACUGUUAAAUGCCUGUUUUCACAUUAAGAUCACCUCGUUGUUUGUCGUGUUGUUAUGGAAUCGUUGUGUAAGUAAUAUUUUACUUUGUGCACAAGUAUGUUUACAAAACUGCGGCGACAUGUGCAUCAUGGAUAAAAUGUCCCACUGUCUCCUUCCCUCUCACAACUGCUCCACUCUCCUCUGUUGUCCUCUUACUUUCAUUGGUACUCUUCAUUCUGU